GGAAGAGGAGGUCUUGAGGCCAGCACUCCCAGCCAUGAUUUAGAUGCGAACAAAGCAGGUCCCAGUCCUCUGGGCAUGCUUCCUCCUGUGGAAUCUCUUCGUCUCCUCCUCCCAGACUGCUAAUCCUGGAAUCAAGGCAAGGAUCACCCAGCGUGCACUAGACUAUGGUGUUCAGGUUGGGAUGAAGAUAAUGGAAGAAAUGGCGAAGGAAAUUGUCAUCCCAGAUUUGAAAGGCUCUGAAUCUCUUGAGUUUCUGAAGAUUGACUACGUAAAGUACAACUUUUCAAACAUAAAAAUCAACGCCUUUUCGAUGCCAAAUACGUCACUGGCCUUUGUGCCUGGGGUGGGAAUCAGAGCACUGAGCAACCACGGCACUGCCAACAUCAGCGCCAACUGGGAAGUCAGGGCUCCGCUUUUCCAAGAUUCAGGAGCUGCUGAUCUGUUUCUCUCUGGAAUCUACUUUACUGGCAUCAUCGUCCUCGCCCGUAAUAACGUUGGUCAUCCAGUCCUGGAACUCCAAGACUGCUAUGUCCAAGUGAGCCAUGCCCGAGUCUCAUUUUCUGGAGGCCUUAGUGUCCUGUAUAACUCCUUUGCUGAGCCCAUGGAGAAACCCAUUUUGAGGAAUUUGAAUGAAAUGCUCUGUCCCAUGGUCAUCAAUGAAGUGGAAGCCCUCAAUGUCAACAUCAGUGCCCUGGAGGUUUUAACCAAGAUUGACAACUACACUGUGCUGGAUUGCUCCCUGAUCAGUCCUCCUGAAAUCACGGAGAACCACCUUGACUUGAACUUGAAGGGUGCGUUCUACCCGGUGGAAAGCCUCGUUGACCCUCCCUUUCUACCAGCCCCCUUUGAGCUCCCACAGAGCGGGGACUCCAUGCUAUACAUUGGCAUCUCCGAGUAUUUCUUUAAAUCUGCAUCCUUUGCGCACUAUGUAUCUGGGGCUCUUGGUAUCACGCUGUCCACCAAGGAGAUUUCCAACUAUUUCAAUCAAAAUACCCAAGGAAUUGGCAGUCUGCUCUCCAAGAUUGCAGAGAUCUACGUCCUAUCCCAGCCAUUCAUGCUGCAGAUCAUGGCCAUGGGGCCUCCUGUGAUCAACUUACACCCCAACAAUUUCAGCCUGGAGUUCCCUGCUUCUGUCAUCAUGCUCACGGAACGGCAGAACUCCACCAUCGAGCCCAUCGUCUCCAUGGACUUUAUUGCUAGCACCAGUGUUGGCCUGGCUAUUUUGGGACAAAAACUGAUCUGCUCCUUGUCGCUGAACAGGUUCCGCCUCUCUUUGCCAGAGAACAGACAUAGAGAUGUGAAGGUCGUGAGGUUUGAGAAUAUCCUCUCUUCCAUUCUUCACUUUGGAGUCCUCCCUCUGGCCAAUACAAAACUGCAGCAAGGGUUUCCUCUCCCCAACCCCUACAACAUCUCAUUCGUCAAUUCAGACAUUGAAGUUCUGGAGGGUUUCCUUCUGAUUUCUACUGACCUGGCGCAUGAAACAGUCUCUAAACAACAACCAAAUCUCCACACCUGGGGAGGUUUGAACUUGCUAAACCGACCAUGGAGAGAACAGCCAACCCACUGAUUGCCGGUUCACAAUUCAACCCAGGAAGUAAACAACAUUCCGUCCCAUGGGAUAACUGUAAACCUGGAAGAUGAAGGCCCUGCAUCCUGGGUAUUAAAGCCCUUGUGAAACAGUUUCUCUCUGGAGUCCUAAGAGACCUAGAAUAAGGCUGACCGAGUUAAAGGGCUGAACAGGGACAAGGCAGUGGGAGGGGAUAUAUGUAUGUCAGCAUAUGUAGCAUGUUGUGUGCCUGUUUUUAUAACCUGUGGAUAAGAGUGAGGUUUAUAGAUCUGAACAGGUGGCUAAGGAACUUGUUUGUAAGUGCACUGGUAGGUGUGUGUCUCUGUGUGUGAGUGUGUCUAAAUCAUCUCUUCUCUUUAGAGACUGCCUUCUUUAGUUGGAUUGUAUGUUUUAUGUUUACUAUGACUGUCCUGUGCUUAGUUAAAAUUGUUUUCUAUCAAUGUCAGUCUCUGUGUGUGAAAA